CGUGCUUCUCAGUGUCUCCCAUCUCCAGGCAGCUCCCCGCCGCCGGCAGCCGCACGACGCGCGCCGCUGUUUGCAACUAGCCGUCUUCGCUGUCACUCACGCGUCGUUCGGGGAGGCCACCUCACGCCGGCGGAAGGAGGCGUUGCGGCGAUGGACCGGGUCGGCAGCGGCGAGAAGCAGCUGGAGGACUGCACCGUGGCCAAUGCUCUGGGAACUUGGUUCUUCUCAGUUGCUGGUGCCCUUGUUGCUAUUCCUGUGGGCAUAAAGAAGAAAUCAUUUGCUCCCUUAGUCUUUUUCGGCACGACAGGAACCAUGCUUGACAUCAUCAUGGGCAUUAGCCAGUGUGAGAGGGAGCAUGCCGAGCGGCAGAUGAAGCUUUUGGAAGCCCAGAAACUUCCGGCUGAUGCUUCAGAUGGGAUUGAAAGCGCAGAAUCAUCUGGCAAUGCAGACAAGUGAAACGCCUUUUAUGUUUUGCUGACUUCUGUCAUCACUUGUCAUGAUUGGAAAUCUUGCUCAUAUAACAAUUUGAUACCUCUGAACUUCUGAAUUAUGGAUAUCUUUAUUAUUCACAAAUAAUGUGUAAUUGUGUAUUGAGCAAUGAUCAGUAAACAGUGCACUCCAAACUGUUAGUCAAGACAACAGCUGUGUAACUCUUUAUUUUUUUUUGUUUCA